CUAUCCUCCACUAAGUCCAUCUCCUCCCUGGCAAAACACAACACAUGCGCCAUUGCUUUGCUUUGCUGAAGUUGGAUUAUGAUAUAAGAAAAAGGAAAAGGAAAAGCUCCCCUCUCCCAUAGUAGAUCAAAAUCAAUGGACGAGGAGAAGGAGAAGAAGGUGGUUUUCGUGUGGGAUAUGGAUGAGACUCUGAUCCUGCUGAAAUCGCUAAUCACGGGCACAUACACCAAGGCUUUCAAUGGCUCUAAAGACGUUGAGAAGGGCAUCGAAAUCGGCAAAACUUGGGAGAAUCAAAUCCUUCGCAUCUGCGAUGAUUACUUCUUCUAUGAACAAAUUGAAGGUUGCAACAAGCCUUUUGUUGAUUCAACCAGGGAGUACGAUGAUGGCCUGGAUCUCACUGAUUAUGAUUUUGCAAAUGAUGCUUUUGUUGGUGCUGCUUUUGACGACGAUGCUAACAAGAAGAAAUUGGCAUACAGACACCGCAUCAUUGCCCACAAGUAUAAAAAGGGCUUGCGUAGCUUGUUUGGUGAAAAGAUGAUUAAAUCCUGGGACAAUCUUUAUGAGGUUACCGAUGAUUUUACAGACAAAUGGCUGUCUUCAGAUUUGUCUUGUAUUGCUGCAGCCAAGGCCUGCGUGGCACAAUGUGCAGGUGAUUCAGGAGCUGAAAAUAUCAAUGUUAUUGUGACUUCAGGCUCAUUGAUCCCAAGCCUAGUUAAAUGCUUAUUGUUCCGACUCGAUGAUUUGAUUUCCUAUGAUAAUGUUUAUAGCUCAUGGGAAGUUGGCAAGUAUCAGUGUUUUUCCUUGAUCAAAGAACGAUUCGACGGGCCAAACGUGCAGUUUUGUGCAAUCGGUGACGGGUGGGAAGAAUGUGAAGCAGCUGAAAACAUGCAAUGGCCGUUUGUGCAGAUAGAUCCUGUGCCCGUUAGCACCUCUCACCGUUUUCCCGGGCUCAAUCUCGAGACAUUAGGACACUAUAUUGGUGUCGUUUAUGGCGGGGAUUCUGACGAUGAGGAUGAAUAGAUCCUUUGAAACAACCAAAUUUCAUUUUUAUAUUUAUGUUGCUGCCGAUAGUACAAACUCAUGUACAUUGUAAGUUGUAUUCAAGAUUAUAAUUUAUCUUUUUGACUUUCAUUUUGUUACACACUCUGGUAGUAGGUUAGUAUUUGUGUUCACCUAACAAACUACCAAGGGUUUUGUUAUAUGUUAUAAUAAAUAAAUGUGGUUAAAGGUAAA